UACUGAUUGGUUGCAUAGUCACUAUAUAAGAGAGCCACUUCCGGUUGUAAUUCCUUUUUUGUACGGAACCGAACAGCCGAUCUCUAUACGGCGUUGAAUUUAGUUACCCGUCGUUGCUUUAAAGGGAAACUUUCACAAUGUCCGGAGGUCUCGAUGUCCUGCAAAUGAAAGAGGAGGAUGUUCUCAAGUUCCUUGCUGCUGGAACCCACUUGGGUGGAACCAACCUAGAUUUUCAAGUUGAGCAGUAUGUGUACAAGAGAAAGAGUGAUGGUAUUUAUAUCAUUAACUUGAAGAAAACCUGGGAAAAACUGUUGCUGGCUGCUCGGGCUGUUGUUGCCAUUGAGAACCCUGCAGAUGUCUGUGUUAUUUCUUCCAGAAACACUGGGCAGCGUGCUGUUCUAAAGUUUGCUGCUGCAACUGGAGCCACACCUAUUGCUGGGCGUUUUACUCCUGGUACCUUCACUAACCAGAUUCAGGCUGCUUUCAGGGAGCCACGUCUUCUAGUGGUCACAGAUCCUCGUGCUGAUCACCAGCCACUGACUGAGGCUUCCUAUGUCAACAUCCCAACUAUUGCUCUGUGUAACACAGAUUCACCUCUACGCUAUGUUGAUAUUGCUAUUCCUUGCAAUAACAAGGGGGCUCAUUCAGUUGGUUUAAUGUGGUGGAUGCUGGCUCGUGAGGUCCUUCGCAUGCGUGGCACUAUUUCACGUGAGCACCCAUGGGAUGUUAUGCCUGAUCUUUAUUUCUACAGAGAUCCUGAGGAGAUAGAGAAAGAAGAACAGGCUGCUGCUGAAAAGGCCAUCACUAAAGAGGAGUUUCAAGCUGAAUGGACUGCUCCGGUACCAGACUUCACCCAGGCAGAAGUCCCAGAUUGGUCUGAGGGAGUUCAGGUCCCGUCAGUUCCUAUCCAACAGUUCCCAACUGAAGAUUGGAGUGCACAGCCUAGUGCAGAAGACUGGUCUACAGCCCCCACAGCUCAAGCUACUGAAUGGGCUGGAACUACAUCUGAAUGGUCUUAAAGAGCCACAGGGAUGCAAAAUGAACAUAAUAAAUUUUAAAACCUUUAA